AUGCCGCUUUCAGCUGGGGACACUGAACGUGCCGAACGUGCCUUGAAGCGUACAAUUGCAAAACGCAAUGGAAUUGUUGCCCAAGUGUCACUGUUAGCUGAUUUGGCGCAAAAGGUUGAGUUAGAUACAAGCGUUCUCCGUGUGUUCCGUGCAAGGAGGAAGGAUGUCGAAUCUCUCCGUAACCAAUUCAUGAUCGAACAAGAUUCAAUUUUUGAUUUGUUGAUCCAACUCCAACGGGAAGAGGAGUAUGACCAAGUCCAUUCACCUUUAGACGCCACCCUGACAGAGCAAUACUAUAACAUCAUUGCCAUCGCUGAUGAUGUAUGUGGCAACGACCUUCCGUCAGUGAUCACAACUACAUCGGACACCAAGGAUCAGUCAAACCAUUUACAACUGCCAAAAAUACAGAUUCCGAGUUUUGACGGUGAUAUUCUCCGGUGGAUAACGUUUCGGGAUACGUUUAGAUCGUUAGUACACGACAACGACCACAUCCCAAAAAUCGCGAAGUUUCACCACCUAUUGGCUGCGGUUACGGGUAGCGCAGGUGCUGUAGUUCGUUCGAUUCCGUUGUCCGAAGCAAAUUAUGAGGUUGCGUGGAAGGCUCUUUGGGAACGUUUCAACAACCCACGCUUGAUCAUCAGUGCUCAUAUGGAUAAAAUUUUUAACUAUCCAUCGGUGAAAUCUGCUUCGUUAUUCGACUUGAAGGCGUUUCUGGAUACCUUUAAGGAAAAUAUUGGAGCCCUCCAAAGUUUUGAUAUUCCGGACAAAGAAGGUUUUUUCCUGUUUUACGUCGCAUCACGCGUAUUGGACUCCACCACUAGAUGUCAUUUCGAGUCACAAUAUAAUAGUGAUGCAUUGCCAGUUAUAAAUGACUUGUUAAAUUUUGUUCAGACAAGGUGUCAAGUGCUACAAAAUAGUUCAACUUCAAUCCCGCCAGUUUCCAAUGUACAUAAGCUGAAAGUUGGAGUGAAGAACAACUCUUCGUAUCCUCGGACCUCAUUAGUUGCUUCGUCCACCGAGUCCGUAAACUCCUGUCCUGUGUGUAAGGGUUCACAUUACAUUGGUAGAUGUGCAACAUUCCUAAAUUUGUCUACUGCACAACGUCUCCAAAAGAUACAGUCACUCCGCAUGUGUACCAAUUGCAUGAGUACUGUUCAUACUUCGUCGAAAUGCGAGUCAAAAUACUCUUGCCGUCAUUGCUCCGCUCGACAUCAUUCGUUAUUGCAUUUGGGUGAGAUUGAAAAAAAGGCAUCGUCGUCAGCAACUUCAGGCACCCAUUCAUUACCAAAAAACAAACCAAAGCCUUCAACUUCGUCCACAGAACAGUCCUCAACUGCGUUUGUCGGUACGGUCAACACUACCAAUUUGAAUGUACUAGGCACGGCCCUAAUUCGUAUACGUGACAAAUUUGGACAAUGGACACCUGUUCGGGCACUUAUUGAUUCUGGUUCCCAGAUCUCGGCCAUUACACAUAUAAGUGCAACUAUGCUCGGCCUCAACAGACAUUCUACUGAUAUUACUGUCGUGGGCUUAUCUCAAAGUCCGAUUCUACAAACAAAGGGUUCAGUAACCUGCCAUAUUAUUCCUUAUACGUCGUUUGCCCCUGAGUUAAUAUGCGAGCCUGUCAUAUUAUCCAGAAUCACAGGUCUCAUGCCGUCAGCAGCUCUGAGCCCUGCAAUACGAUCCACAUAUUCUAAACUGCAAUUUGCUGAUCCGUCGUUCGAUUGCCCGGGUCGCAUUGAUUUUCUUAUCGGCGCGGACAUUUACAACAAAUUAUUCGAAAAUGGCUAUCAAGUCCUCCACGAAGAUGGCCUUCCUUCGGCUUUUGAGACGUCACUUGGUUGGAUUUUCGUGGGAACUUCCAGUCAAUGCCAUGCUCAGUCACGAGUGUGCUUAAAGCUAUCCUCGGAACCGUCGUUAAAGGAGUUGCUACAUCGUUUCUGGGCCUGUGAAGAGCCAGAAUGUCAGUCUAUCCCAUUUACUGAACAAGAGAAAUGUGAGGACAUCUUUCAACGGACCACCAGUCGAGACAAUACAGGCCGUUAUGUUGUAUCUCUGCCAUUCAAGAUGGACCCAUCAAUUCUCGGCGACUCACGGAGUAUGGCGUUAUCACGGUUCUUCAACUUAGAACGCAAACUACAAGCUGAACCUGAAGUAUACGCUGAAUACCGACAGUUUAUGAGUGAAUAUCAAUCACUUGGACACAUGAAGGUUGCAACCACACCGGGGAAAUACUUGAUUCCUCAUCAUGCGGUCAUAAAGUACGCUAAGGACAAGAUGAAGUUAAGAGUUGUUUUCGACGCUUCGGCUCGCACUUCUUCAGGUGUUUCAUUGAACGAUACGUUGUUUGUCGGUCCAAAAUUACAAUGCGACAUCAUGAACAUUCUACUCCGUUGUCGCUUGAAUAAAUACAUGUUCACGGCUGACAUAUGCAAAAUGUAUCGCCAAAUUAACAUUCACUCGUCACAUUGCGAUUAUCAACAUAUAUUAUGGCGAGACGAUCCUUCAAAGCCAUUGGUGGAAUAUGCCUUGACGACCGUUACCUAUGGAGUAGCCUCAUCGCCUUAUCAAGCGUUGCGUGUACUGCAUCAACUAGAAAGGGAUGAAGGGCAUCAGUUCAAGAGGGCUCUAGGCGUUCUUACUACAGAAACCUACGUCGAUGAUAUCAUAACAGGGGCAGGAACAAUCCCUGACACGCUAACCCUUCAACGUAAUGUUACUAAGUUGUUGGGUGCAGGUGGUCUAGAACUCAAGAAGUGGGCGAGCAACUGCCCAGCCGUUAUGCAGGAUAUUCUCGCAGAAGAUCGAGUAAUGGAAUCUUCUUUUGACCCUAAAGAUCAUUGUUCCGUUAAAAUCCUUGGAUUACACUGGGACCCCAUCUUGGACAUAUUUAGUUACCAUAGCGAGCCUUACACUUCUACCACAACGAAGCGAUCAGUGUUGUCUGCUAUUGCAAAAAUCUACGACCCACUUGGAAUCUUAUCCCCUAUCACCUUUUGGGCGAAAUGUUUCAUGCAAGUGUUGUGGAAAAAUGGUUAUGAUUGGGACCAGCCCAUCUCUUCCGAAAUGGCUUCGUCUUGGAAGACCUUUUCUUCUGAACUCCCAUGUGUUUCCUCGAUCAGCGUACAAAGAUAUAUACCCACUGAACAGUCAUUGAAUGUAUCACUUUUAGGUUUUUCCGAUGCGUCCCUCAACGGAUACGCUGCAGUCGUGUACAUGCGUUUAGAGUACAGCUCCAUGCCUCCAACCGUACAUCUCAUCACCGCUAGAUCCAAGGUUGCACCGUUGAAGUCAGGAAAAACAGAUGAAGUAUUAUCAGUCCCGAGGCUGGAACUUUGUGGUGCGUUGCUACUUGCACAAACACUACAUCGAGCACAAACAACCCUUGCUGUGAAGAUCAAUAUUCAAGAGGUACACGCAUGGACAGACUCCACCGUUGUACUAUCAUGGUUAACGUCUCAACAAAUAGACUUCAAGAUUUUCGUGACAAAUCGGUUGAAGAAGAUAUCCGAAUUAUUACCGAAUUGUCAUUGGCAUUACGUUUCUACUCACCACAACCCAGCGGAUUGCGCGUCAAGAGGCAUGUACCCUAAAGAAAUGUUAUCUCAUAGUUUGUACUGGAAUGGGCCCGGCUUGCUGAAGCAGUCAGUCAACCAUUGGACUACCGCCAGUUUCAAUGUUGUACCAAAUGACCUAUUGCCAGAACGAAAACUUGUUGUAGAUACAGUUCAUCUUGUCACUGUGCCAUGUGGUGACACGAGUUGGCUAGAACGGUUCUCAUCCUUUACACGUCUUCAACGAGUCCUUGUCCACAUCCGUCGAUUCAUUGCUUGUAGCCGUCGGUUGCCUACCUAUUCAGGGUAUAUCCGUCAGUCAGAAUUAGAUGACGCCUUGAAGGUACUCGUCAAGACCACACAAUCACAGAAUUUGUAUUCUGUCGUCAUAGGUCUUACUUCGUCCAAGAAUGCAGCUAUUCCAGUAUCGCUCGCGCCAUCCCAUCUUAUUGCCAAAGUCUUGCGUGCUCACAACUUUGCUCGUUCGCCAUUUCCACAUAAAUUAUCUUCAUGCCGGACCGCAACUGGUGUCCUCGCUCUUAAGUGCACGUUUUUGGAUCAUAUCGAGUCGCUCCGUCAUAAGACAUAUAAUUUUUAA